AUGGUCGCGCUAGCAGCCCUAGUGCGCGCCCAUAAUCUGUGUGCUUGGCCGCAGUGUGAUCAACCAUGUGAGAAUUUUGCGACAUUUCUGCACCACUUGGCUACGGUGCAUCCAUUUGAUGAACGAGCAGCGCAACAGUGCCGUGCACAGAUUGAAGUGGUGGACAACCUGGAGCACAGGCUAAGUAAGGAGCGCACGCGGCUUCAUGCUAUGAUGCAACAUUUGCAUAUGAAGCAAUCACCGGAUACCACAACGCCAACUCUGGGCGCGUUGCAGCAACCUCAGGACGUCGCCACCAUCUCCUCACCUGCGCUUGCUGAGCAAAAAACGGAAUCUCUGCCCGAACAGGCCAUACCACAGCUCGCACAAGCGGGCCAACGCUGCGGUGCGUUUCUUCGACAAGUGGUUGCGGGUACUGUAUUACCGGAUUCACUAACUGUCGUCAUGACUUGCCCAGAUCAUGAAGUUUUGCUUUUUCGUUUACAGCAUGCGGCAGUCUCGACCGCCCCAUCAUGGGCUUAUGAACGAUGGGAGGCUUAA